ACAACAACAGUGAUAAAGGUGUACAAGAAGAUGCUCAUAGACACGAGAAUCAUGCCCAAAAUGAUGAUGAAGCUGAUGAUCAUGAUCAUGACAUGGUCAUGCCUGGAUUCCGAUUCCAUCCCACAGAAGAAGAACUCAUAGAAUUUUAUCUUCGCCGUAAAGUCGAAGGCAAACGCUUCAAUGUAGAACUCAUCACAUUCCUCGAUCUUUAUCGCUAUGAUCCUUGGGAACUUCCGGGUUAUAUCAAUGCCAAUCUCAGAUCUUUUUCAAUAUCUAUCAACUUUCAAACCUCUUUUUAUUUUAAACAUAACUACAUAAUAUAUGCUUAUGUAAUAAUUUGAUUCUGUGAUUCUUUAAAGACUUUGUAUCUUUGGAUUGAUGAUAAAAAUGUUUAGCCUAAACAACUACAUAAGAUAUUCAUAUACGUGUGUGUGUGUGUGAAUAAAAUAAGUCGUAGAUAUGGUAUCAUUUAAAGAUUAUAUAUUGUUGAAUGUUGAUUAUAGAUGUGUACUAUGUGCAGCGAUGGCGGCUAUAGGAGAGAAAGAGUGGUACUUCUAUGUGCCAAGAGAUCGAAAGUAUAGAAAUGGAGAUAGACCAAACCGAGUAACGACUUCUGGGUAUUGGAAAGCCACUGGAGCUGAUCGGAUGAUCAGAUCAGAGAGCGCUCGGCCUAUCGGGUUAAAGAAAACCCUAGUCUUCUACUCCGGUAAAGCCCCUAAAGGCACUCGUACCAGUUGGAUAAUGAAUGAGUAUCGUCUCCCUCACCAUGAAACCGAGAAAUACCAAAAGGCUGAAAUAUCAUUGUGCCGAGUGUACAAAAGGCCAGGAGUAGAAGAUCAUCUAUCCUUACCACGCUCUCUAUCCACAAGACAUCAUAAUCAUACCUCAUCAUCUUCCCGCUUGGCCUUAAGACAAAAACAACAACACCACUCAUCAUCAUCCAAUCAUUCAGACAACAACCUUAACAACAACAACAAUCUUGAGAAGCUCUCAACCGAAUAUUUUGGCGACGGUAGCAGCAUAACCACCACAAACAGUAAUUCUGACGUCACUAUAGCUUUAGCCAAUCAAAACAUUUAUCGUCCAAUGCCUUAUGGUGUAAGCAACACACCAAUGAUCUCCACAACUAAUAAAGAAGAUGAUGAAAACGCAAUUGUUGAUGAUCUUCAAAGACUCGUUAACUACCAAAUAUCUGAUGGAGGUAGUAACAUCAAUCACCAAUACUAUCAAAUCGCUCAACAGUUUCAUAAUCAACAAGAGGUAAAUGCAAACGCGUUGCAAUUGGUGGCGGGGGCAACUACAGUGGCGCUAACGCCUCAAACGCAGGCGGCAUUAGCGAUGAACAUGAUCCCUGCAGGGACGAUUCCAAACAGUGCUUUGUGGGAUCUAUGGAAUCCACUAGUACCGGAUGGAAACAGAGAUCAUUAUACUGACUCUUUUCAAGGAAUUUAAUUAGAUCUUGAAUAGUUAUAUUUCUAUAUUUUAUACUCAUUAUUUAUUUCAAACAAGUUAGUUAUAGCUAGAAGAUGAUUGAUUAUUGCAAUUUAUGUAACGGACCUGAUCUUUUACGUAUGUAUCCUUUUUCGACGAAAUUUGAAUUUAUUAACU